UUCCCCUCCUAAAAAAAAGUACUAAAUACUACGACCAACAUCUCUACACGGCUACGACGCCAACCUUUUCUUUGUUUGGCACUAUCCUUUUAGCGAGGAGUGUGCAGUCUGCGAGAUCCAUCAUUCGUUGCAGCUUCUGCUUUCUGACCCUCGUUCUCCAGAUCACGCGCAUAUUCAACCUGCAACCUGCGCUGCUCGGCCCGUCCACACCAGUCCAGUCCAGUCCACUCCGCUUUGCUACAUGACUUGCUAGCACCAAACACCUCUCUCCUCUGUACCGUCUUGCGAGCUUGAUAUCCCUGGGCAGCAACCCUUGACGCAUCCUAGGGUUGGGGUACAGCAUAAUGACUAGAGUUCAAGGGCCCGACCGAGAAAAAUUAGAAGAGAUCAGAAGGAAAACGCCUGAACGCCGUCCGCACAAUGAAGCCCCCUCACAGAAGAUGGCAUGGCCACGAUGGGAGAGGAAGGGCAAGGAGAGGAGCAGUGUAGCACUGGCUUGCUCAUGGGUAGUCGACCACCAGAUCGGUAUAUCUGUGAACCUCAUAUCCAUGCUCUUCUUCAUACACAUAUUCUUCCCUGCCUCCCGGCAUCACACCCAGAAAUUCUUCCGCAUAUCCUACUAUAACCCAAACACCGGAACCUUUGCCCUCGGUUGGGACGAUAUAUUCUUUGUCUUUUACUGGCUCAUCGUCUUCACCGGUCUACGAUGCGCUGUGAUGGACUACAUCUUGACGCCAUUAGCAUCCAUGUGGGGUCUGAAAAAGAGAAAGCCAAAGGCUCGCUUCGCAGAACAAGCUUGGAUCGUCCUGUAUUCCUCUACCUCCUGGUGCGUAGGGAUGUACAUCAUGUACAACUCCGACUACUGGCUUGACCUGCACGCCCUCUGGCGCAACUGGCCACAUCGCGAAAUGGAGGGCAUUGCAAAGUGGUACUACCUGGUCCAGUUUGGAUUUUGGUUACAACAGAUUGUUGUGGUCAACAUUGAGGCACGGAGGAAGGAUCACUGGCAGAUGUUCAGCCAUCACAUCGUCACCUGUGCGCUCAUUUUCACAUCGUACGGCUAUCACCAAUACCGUGUCGGAACAGUCAUUCUUUGUCUAAUGGACAUUGUGGAUAUCACGCUUUCCUUUGCGAAGAUUUUAAAGUAUCUGCAUUUCGAAACGGCCUGUGACGUGGCGUUUGGGACUUUCAUGGUGGUCUGGCUCAUCAACCGACACUUUAUCUACAUGUUGGUGUGCUGGAGUAUUUACGCGCAUAUCCCCCAAGAGAUCAAGUAUGGUUGCUACAAAGGCAGCGUGGAGGAUUUGCAAGGACCAUCUCCCACCCCAGACGACUGGGAUCACUUGACACAACCCUUCCGCGAUCCAGUGGGCCUGGUUUGUUGGAACAACAAUAUCAAGUGGACGUUCUUGGGCAUGCUGCUAAGUCUUCAGGGCAUCAUGCUCUUCUGGUUCGUUCUUAUAUGCAAAGUGGCUUACAAGGUCAUCACGGGCCAAGGAGCAGAAGAUAAUAGAUCCGACGAUGAGGACGACGAGGAAGAUGACGAGCAGGAUACUGAGGACGAGAAGAGGUUCGGCACUAGCAACGGCAACGGCAUCAGUCAGAUACAACUGUGUCACGAAACGAGACCGUUUCUCGAGACUGAAGUGCUGAGCACUGAUCCGAACUUCUCGCUCUCCGAUCACAACUACUCAAAGAGCAAGUCCAAAUCAAAGGGACCGACUUCGCCUGGACGCAAAACGAGCUCCGAAACGGUUACUGGCGGUCGCCGAAAAGCAAAACACGAAUCCGGCCAUUCAUCCAGCGUGAAUUUACUGGCUGGGAGCAGCGAUAGAAAAGAGCUCUUGGGCAGAAUUGGUUGUGACAAGGGUUCUGGCACGGAUUGAUUUGUUGAUGAUGAUAAUGAUGAUGCCGCCACUUUUUUGUGUGUCCUGUUUCGUUUUUGCCCUACAAAGAGUCACGUUCGGGUAUAGAGAGAGAGAGAGAGAUUGUUUUUUGCGGCGUCAACUCAUUCCUUUUUUCCCCUGGGUGGUGGAAGGACCUGAUUGAUGAUUGUGAUGCUAAAUUGGGAAGCGUCGCUCCGGGCUCUGCCUGCAAGAAACGUAACGAACACAUCAAAUGAUACCUUUUUCCCUGUCCCUUGUUGUAUCCUGGAAAAGCGUGGGAACUGUACCCCGGCCGG